CACAGUGCAGACAGAGAACAACAAGAGCCACCUUUCAAAACACAGAGAACAUCACUGAAGGGGAAAAGUUGCUGAUCUUCUGAGAUUUUGCUUCUUUUCACUUUAGUUCGCACUUCAUUGUCUCUCUUAGAACUUUGUUUGAAUUUUUAUUGUAUUUUGUGCUGCAGUGGAUCUCAUCAUGAGAUGCUGUACGUUAGUUGUGUGUUUACUUUUGGGAAUAGGCGUGCAGAAUGGAUGGAGCCUUCCUGUCAAGUCGGUCUUUGUCACCUUCCCAGGGGACAUCGUCAAGAACGUGACAGAUAUGGAGCUAGCAGAAAGUUAUCUAAAGAAGUUUGGCUACAUGGAGACAGAGCACCGCAGUAGCUUCCAGUCCAUGGUGUCCACGUCCAAGGCACUGAAGAGGAUGCAGAGGCAGAUGGGUCUGGAGGAGACUGGAGAGCUGGAUAAAAAAACGCUGGAGGCCAUGAAACAUCCCCGCUGUGGUGUUCCUGAUGUGGCCAAUUAUAAAACCUUUGAUGGGGACCUCAAAUGGGACCAUAAUGAUGUUACAUACAGGAUCCUGAACUAUUCUCCUGACAUGGACAGCUCUCAGAUUGACGAUGCCUUUGCAAGAGCCUUCAAGGUGUGGAGUGAUGUCACUCCUCUGACGUUUACCCGUCUCUUUCAAGGCACCGCUGACAUCAUGAUAUCAUUUGGAAAAGCUGACCAUGGGGAUCCAUACCCUUUUGACGGUAAGGAUGGCCUUCUAGCUCACGCCUAUCCUCCUGGUGAGGGCAUGCAGGGGGAUGCCCACUUUGACGAUGACGAGUACUGGACUCUGGGAAAAGGAGGAGUGGUGAAGACUCGCUAUGGUAACGCAGAAGGCGCCAUGUGUCACUUCCCCUUCAUUUUUGAGGGCAAAUCUUACACCAGCUGCACCACCGAAGGCCGUAAAGACAAACUGCCGUGGUGUGCAACCACAGCUGACUACAACAGAGACAAAAAAUAUGGCUUCUGCCCAAGUGAACUUCUGUACACAUUUGACGGAAAUGCGGAUGGAGCUCCAUGUGUCUUCCCCUUCACCUUCCUGGGUAAGGAGUAUGACAGCUGUACCACCGAGGGCCGCAACGAUGGAUAUCGCUGGUGUGCCACCACAAGAAACUUUGACGUGGACAAGAAAUUUGGCUUCUGUCCCAGCCGUGACACUGCUGUAAUUGGAGGAAACUCUGAGGGAGAGCCCUGCCACUUUCCCUUUGUGUUUCUGGGCAAGGAGUAUAACUCAUGUACUAGUGAGGGGAGAGGAGAUGGUAAAUUGUGGUGUGGCACUACUGACAGCUAUGAUGAAGACAAGAAAUGGGGUUUCUGUCCUGACCAGGGUUAUAGCCUUUUUCUGGUGGCCGCCCACGAGUUUGGACACGCCCUUGGUUUGGAUCACUCCAAUAUUAGAGACGCUCUCAUGUUCCCCAUGUACAGCUACAUAGAAGACUUCUCCCUGCAUGAGGAUGACAUUGAAGGCAUUCAGUACCUCUAUGGAAGUAAAACAGGCCCUGAUCCCACUGCCCCUCAGCCUGACACUCCUGCCACAACUCCUUACCCUGAUGAGACCGAUGCCACAGAGGAACCUGAACCUACUGAUCCAUCCAUCGUGACCACGCCAUCCACUGUAGAUCCGACCAAAGAUGCCUGCAAGAUGGUCAAGUUUGACACCAUCACUGUGAUUCAGGGACAUCUGCAUUUCUUUAAAGAUGGACUAUUCUGGAAGGUACCAAACAGGACAAAUGGAGGCCGACAGGGACCCUUUUCCAUUUCUGAGAGUUGGUCAGCUCUACCAGCUGUCAUUGACUCUGCCUUUGAGGAUCUUCUGACCAAAAAACUGUACUUUUUUUCAGGAAACAGGUUCUGGGUGUACACAGAAAACAAUGUGCUGGGUCCCCGCAGCAUUGAGAAACUUGGUUUGCCCCCAAGCGUUCAGAAGGUGGAGGGAGCGCUGCAGAGAGGGAAGAGCAAAGUGCUGCUCUUCAGUGGAGAGAACUUCUGGAGGUUGGAUCUGAAGACCCAAACAAUUGACAAAGGCUACCCCAAAUACACCGAUGUUAUCUUUGGAGGUGUCCCUAAUGAUGCUCACGAUGUGUUCCAGUACAAAGGCAACACCUACUUCUGCAGAGACCGCUUCUACUGGCGUAUGAAUUCUCGCAGGCAGGUGGACAGGGUGGGCUACGUAAAAUAUGACCUUCUGAAUUGUGCAGAUGCCUCAGGAAUUUACUAUUGAGAUGCAUGCACAGAUGGACUGUAAGAUCGACCAAUUGUUUUCUGUGCAGGUGUCUGGAAGAAUGUGAUGCAGUGCUUGUGUAUCAUGCCUGUUGUAUGAUGUUUUUGCUUUCUGCAAUGUGAACAACUAGCCUUUAUUCAAUUUGGCUGAUUAUUACUCAUACAGCAUUGACCUGAAUAUAAGUCAAAGGCCCAGAACAGGAAAGCAAAUGUACCAUCUUUUGCACUGCCAUACCCUGAGUCUAAUAUUCUGUGAACUGAUUUGAGACCCAUAAAAGUAACUUAAACACAUCUGGAUGAAAGUCCAGAUUGAAAAUGCAUGUCUGACUGGUUCAGACUCUUGUCAGUAUUUGAUUAUUGUUGGUAUUUAUAGCAAUAUCUAAUGUUAUUAUUUUUGUCACAAGCAUUUUUGUUUUGUGUGGUUUUAUGUGUUUUUCUGAAAAUGGUUUCAAAGCCAAAUACUUGCACUGGAAGACAUUCUCUGUCUCCUUCAUUGAAAUUAUUUAUAAAAUUAAUAAUUUGUAUACAUUUUCCAGCUUUUAUGCAAUAAACAUUGUGUGAAAACAA